AUGAAUUUUUACUUUUCCAUUAUAUGUGUAGUACCAAUUUAUUCUAUACAUUUAAUACGUUCUGUUCAAAGCGAUUUAACCGUUUAUUCUUAUUCACCCCUGAAUAUAUUCAUUGAACCAUUUCGACGUUUAAUGGGUACGAAAAUUGGUUUAAAUGCGAGACCUCUAUCACUAUGGCAUAUUUUAUCCAUUGGCAUACCAUAUUUUGUACUACGUUAUUCAUUGCAAUACACUGUCUAUAAUAUAUUCAUAAAAAUAUUAUCAGAAUUCAGAACAAAACAAGAACAACAUGUUCGUUUAAACGAAGUUGCUCAAAUUGAAAAUAUAAAUGAUAUCGAAGUUACGCGUUUUUAUGGUAAUUUACCAAAUUUUCCACGUCAGAAACGACAACUCGUCGAGCGUGAAGAAAUAAUGGGCAUUGCAAAGAAAGUGGCAAUUGUUAUCAUUGUAACCGUUUCACUUUGCAUUGUAUGCUGUAUCGGUUCGACAAUUUUUCUUUGCGUCAAAUGUUGUUGUAAUAAUAAUAGAAAACGAGAACGAACUCAAACAAAUCAAGUUCCUCAACCGAUAUUUAUUAAUACUGAUCAAAAUUUUCAGCCAUCUCGUCAAUCGGGCUAUAAUCCGAUACAAAUGCAAUCGAAUGAAUCUCAAGCAAUGUUACAACCGAGUGCACCUCCUCUGCCAUAUCUUAGUGGUUAUGAUAUACCUUUUCAUCAUCAUACUGAUCAACCUCCAUCUUAUGAUGUUUUAUAUAAUAAAAAAAUAUAA